CUGGUUUAGUAAGGGAGGUUUUGGCUGGAAUGCCCUGUAACAGCAGAUGACUGAGUAUGUAUGAUGGAGCUUAAGAAAAAGAUUAUAGAGCGCUUAAUGAAACACGACACUGGAGGAGAGUUUUCUCAUCUGUCUGCUCUUCCGAAAGCCUCAGUACUUAUUCCACUGUUCAUUAAAGAAGGAAGAUUACAUGUAUUACUGACUGUGAGGUCUAUAAAGCUCAAACACAAUGCAGGAGAGGUAUGUUUUCCUGGGGGUAAAUCUGACCCAAAGGAUCAAGAUGAGAUACACACAGCCUUGAGGGAGGCAGAGGAGGAGAUCUGCCUUCCUCCCCAAACAGUAGAAGUGGUUUGCAGAUUCUGUCCAGUUAUUAACCAGAGAGGCCUUUUGGUGACCCCAGUGGUGAGUUUCAUCAGUGAAUUCUUCCAAGCCCAUCCUAACCCAGAUGAAGUGAGCGAUGUGUUCUCUGUCCCUUUGGAGUUCUUUAUGAAGGAAGCUGACCAUACGGCUUACACAGUACCCAACACUGACUUUCUUACACAUAGUUUCUUCUAUACUGAUCCUGAUACAGACAAGAUUUAUCACAUUUGGGGACUAACAGCUUUUCUAAUUGUACUACUGGCUGUUCUUAUCUUUGAGCGGAGACCAGAGUUUGAAGUAGGAUUUGACGUGGAAAAUCCACUUGUUGCUGCUCGGCGUCUGCUUGAACGCAGGUUAAGCAAGUUAUAAUAGGUUUCAGUUUCAGAGAGAGGUUAACAUGGAUGUGAAUGGAAAACGUUUCCUGAUAUGCAUUUGGCAUAUAGGUGCUAGGUUGGGGGCACUUGGCAUUGAUUCAGUCAAGGUCGCCGUCAUGUUACAGGUGGUUUUAACUUCUUUUGCUAAUUUUUAUGAAACAAGACACUAAUUAUAGACCAUAAUACUUAAACACCUAAUACUGUAAAAUGCCUAUUUUCCAAAAUGCUGGCUUAUUCAAAAAUUUAAUUAACAAAUCAUUCAUAUUUUCUGCACUUAUUCAAAUACUUAUUCAAAAAGUAAUCCUAUUCAGACAGGGCCUCAGAUCAGAUUUAACAGUCACAUCGAAGUGAGAACGAUCACACCCAGUUGCUUGAAACCAAUCAGCUGCCGGCUUUAAGAUAAGCAAGAGAAAAUACAAAUGGACACAUACUGUUAGAGGGUGCAAGUAGCCCCAAAGCAUUUAAAAAGCCUGAACAUUUUGGUAUUCUAAAACAACUGUAAAUUUGUAAAAAUCAUACAACUACUUAGUCAUUUUCUUACAUAAUCAUACAAAAAGGGGGUCCGCUGCUAAACUGGUACUGGUAUAUGUUAUUAGUUUAUGGAAAACCCAAAGUGUAUCCCCAAGAUGACACAGCUGUGCCCUGAUUAGUGUUUUUUUUUUUUGUUAAUCUUGAGAUACACUCUAACUGGUUAGAGAAAAGAUGGAAUAAAAAUGAUAAAAACACAUUACUGCGCUUGUACUGUUCAAGGUUACAAAAAGAAUGUGUUACACAUGACACUGUGUAGCAAGAUAGUUGUUAAAGUUUUAAAUAAAAAGUCUUUUUUUUUUGCUACUGUUAAUUUGUACUAACUGUUUCAUCAUGGUCAAGACCUCCAUGGGUCCAGCACAAUACUGGAUGAAAAGUGGGUAUACACCCUGAACAAGUUGCCAAUCCAUUGCAAGGCAGCAUGUCAUGGACAUUUAUUCACUUGUACCUAGAGGUUUAAAGCAGCCAAUCUAUCUGUAUUGACUCUAAGUUCAAAUAAGGUACAGAUUGUCUCACAUUGCUUUAUUUGCUAUUUUAUGUUUAUAGUUUUAAAAAAACUCAUAAAAAAGAAAGUUGAUUUAAAAUAAAUGGAUACAUAUGUAUGUAAUUUAAAUAUUCAAUACAAAUCCAGCUGGUCAAACUAAUGGCAUCCAGGUGGUGCAGUGGGUAGCAUUGUCACUUUACAGUAAGAAGGUCCUGGGUUCCAUUCCCAGGUGGAGCAAUCCAGGUCCUUUCUGUGUAAAGUUUGCAUGUUUUCCCUGUGUCUGUGUUCCUCUGUGAGAUUAGAGUCACAAAAUUGUCAGUAAUAGUGUUUGACUCUGAACUUGAACUGAUGAAUCCUGUGUAACCUGUCCUGUCAUAAAUGAACCAAAGUGUAUAAAAGUGUUAAAAUCCUAAACUAAUAAAUAAAUAAAUACAAAUGUCAUUCCUGCAA